AUGGAUUUCUAUGCCGCGGCGGUGGUGCUCUUGCUGGCCUCCGUCGCAGUCACCGUGGUGGCGCGGCCGCAGGGCCGGGGCCAGGCCGACUACGCCUACGACUCCCUGGUGCCCAGCGACGCCGGCUACUCCACCAUCGGGGGCCUCGCGCCGCCACCGGACAGCGACGCGUACAGCUACGACAAGCCGGCGGGCGCGCCCUUCCCGCCCAACAACAAGUACAUCCCGCCGGAGGACAGCACGACCACCACCACCACGACGGCCGCCCCGGAGGCCGCCGAUGACGCGCCAAAGGACGAGGCGCCCAAAGCCGCUGGGGCGGCUGCAGGCGACGACAAGGACGCCUACAAGUACGACAAGCCGGCCGACGCGCUGGAUGACAAACCGACCGAAGCGGCCCCCGCCAGCACGGAGGCCCCGGCAGCCGAAGCAACGGACAAGCCCGCCGACGACGCGUACAAGUACGACAAGCCGGACAAGCCUCUCGAUGACGCAGCCACGGAGGCCGCACCAGCCGCCGAGGCCGAGGACAAGGACAAGCCCGCCGACGAUGCGUACAAGUACGACAAACCGGACAAGCCGCUGGAGGACAAGCCCACGGAAGCCACACCAGCAGAGGAGCCGGCCUCAACUGAAAAACCAGCCGAUGACGACUCGUACAAGUACGAUGCCCCGAAGAACCCUCUGGAAGACAAGGCGACGGAAGCGCCUGCCGAGAGCACGCCUGCGCCAGCGGAGGACAAGCCGGCCGACGACAAGCCAGCCGAUGAUUCGUACAAGUACGACGCCCCCAUGAACCCGUUAGACGAGAAGCCCACCGAGGCGCCGGCCGCUAGUACCGAAGCCCCAGCCGAGGCGAAGACCGCCGAGGACGACAAGGACGCCUACAAGUACGACCAGCCGGACAAGCCACUGGAGGAAGGGCCCACUGAGGCGGCCCCGGCUGCGGAGUCAGCGCCCGCCACCACGGCCGGUCCAGACACGACACCCACCGAGGAGGGCUACAUCUACCCUGCGCCCACCGACGCGCCCAUCCCGGGGGCGGACGCAGCCAAACCGGAGGACAAGCCCGCGGACUCUCCCGACAUGAAGUACCUCCCACCAGCUGACAAGAAAGACGCAGCGGGUCCACAGCAGAACGACGACGGAUCUUAUAAUUACGACAAGCCGGCCAAACCAUUAGAAGCCGCUGCAGAUGCAGCCAAACCAGACGAUAAACCCAUGGAGACACCAGACAUGAAGUACCUACCUCCGGCUGACAAGAAGGAUGAAGAUGCUGCAGCUCCAGUGGAUAAACCAGCGCCACAGCAAAACGACGAUGGGUCUUAUAAUUAUGACAAACCAGCUCAACCCUUAGAAGCUGGGUCAGAUGCAGCCAAACCAGAUGACAAAUCCAUGGAGGCGCCUGAUAUGAAGUACUUGCCUCCAGCUGACAAGAAAGAUGAAGAUGCCGCCCCAGCUGACAAGCCAGCUCCGCAGCAAAACGACGAUGGUUCGUACAACUAUGACAAACCAGCUAAACCUUUAGAAGCUGGGGAAGAUGCAGCCAAACCAGAUGAAAAACCCAUGGAGGCGCCUGAUAUGAAGUACUUACCUCCAGCUGACAAGAAAGAUGAAGAUGCCGCCCCAGCUGACAAGCCAGCUCCGCAGCAAAACGACGAUGGUUCGUACAACUAUGACAAACCUGGCAAGCCUUUAGAAGCUGAAGCAGAUGCUGCCAAGCCCGAGGACAAACCUGCAGAGUCACCUGAUAUGAAGUACUUGCCUCCAGCUGACAAGAAAGAUGAAGAUGCCGCCCCAGCUGACAAGCCAGCUCCGCAGCAAAACGACGAUGGUUCGUACAACUAUGACAAACCAGCUAAACCUUUAGAAGCUGGGGCAGAUGCAGCCAAACCAGAUGAAAAACCCAUGGAGGCGCCUGAUAUGAAGUACUUACCUCCAGCUGACAAGAAAGAUGAAGAUGCCGCCCCAGCUGACAAGCCAGCUCCGCAGCAAAACGACGAUAGAUCUUACAACUAUGACAAACCAGCUAAACCUUUAGAAGCUGGGGCAGAUGCUGCCAAGCCCGAGGACAAACCUGCAGAGUCACCUGAUAUGAAGUACUUACCUCCAGCUGACAAGAAAGAUGAAGAUGCCACCCCAGCUGACAAGCCAGCUCCGCAGCAAAACGACGAUGGUUCGUACAACUAUGACAAACCUGGCAAGCCUUUAGAAGCUGGGGCAGAUGCUGCCAAGCCCGAGGACAAACCUGCAGAGUCACCUGAUAUGAAGUACUUGCCUCCAGCUGACAAGAAAGAUGAAGAUGCCGCCCCAGCUGACAAGCCAGCUCCGCAGCAAAACGACGACGGAUCUUAUAACUAUGACAAACCAGCUAAACCUUUAGAAGCUGGGGCAGAUGCAGCUAAACCAGACGACAAACCCAUGGAGGCUCCGGACAUGAAGUACCUACCCCCUGCUGACAAGAAGGAUGCGGAUGCUUCUUCAGCUUCUGCUGACAAGCCAGCUCCACAACAAAACGAUGAUGGAUCUUAUAAUUACGAGAAACCAGCCAAACCUCUAGAAGCUGGAGCAGAUGCGACCGAACCUAAGGCGGCACCAGACAUGAAGUAUUUGCCACCAACUAACAAGAAGGAUGCUGAUACUGCAGCUCCUGCGGAGGAUAAGACUACGGACACUCCGGACAUGAAGUACCUGCCUCCGGCUGACAAGAAGGACGCCGAUGCCGCUGCGCCCCAGAAGCCCGGUCCGCAGCAGAAUGACGAUGGGUCCUACAACUACGACAAGCCCGCCGCACCUUUAGAGCCUGCUGCAGGCGAUACUGCGAAACCAUCAGAGAAACCUGCGGCUUCCCCGGAUAUGAAGUACCUACCGCCUGCAGACAAGGCUGACGACGCUGCACCGGCCGCUGCUCCUGACAUGAAGUACUUGCCCCCCGCCGACAAGAAGGGGGCCGAUGCUGCUUCUCCCGGUGACAAGCCUGCUCCACAGCAGAACGAAGACGGGUCGUACAACUAUGAUAAACCAAAGACUACAUUGGAAGCCUCUGCUGCAGCAACGAAGGCGGAUGAUAAACCAAAGACUGCCCCUGAUAUGAAGUACCUUCCACCUGCUGGCAAAGACGGUGACGCUGCUGCCGCCCUCAACAUGAAGUACCUCCCGCCUGCCCAGGAUGCGGGAAAGGGCGCUGCCAAGCCCGCAGCGCCCAACAUGAAGUACCUUCCACCCAAACCGUCCAGCGCAGGGACUCAAGCGAAACCACAGCAGAACAAAGACGGUUCGUACAACUACAACAAGCCGACGAAACCAUUCGGCGAUGGAGCUGGUGCUUCUGGUGCUGCCAGCCCUGACUCCAAGUACCUCCCUCCGGCUAAGGGUGCGUCCGCCCCGUCCAAGCCUACCAUGAAAUACCUGCCGCCCGCUGAGAAGGGCGCCUCCACCGCGGGCAAGCCCAACGCGAACUAUCUGCCGCCCACCAAAGGGGGCGCCGCUGCCCCAAACCGGAACUACAUUCCGCCUGCCGACAAGAAGUCUCCUCCAGACUCUAAGUACCUGCCGCCAGCCGCUGGGGGGUUCCGUGGGCCUUCCUCCGGAUUCGGUGCCGCCUCCCGGGGCGGCUUUGGGGGCGGCGGGUUUGGAGGGGGCGGCUUCGGAGGCGGCUUCGGAGGCGGCUUCGGCGGCGCCCCGGGCCGAGGUGCCGCUUCCUCCUCGUCCCCACCAAGUGACUUCGUGCACCACGAGUUCGGCGGCGUGGUCCGCGGCCGAUACUCCGUGCCGCUGGGUGGUGGCCGCUGGCUCGUCGUCUCGUACGUGGCGGACCACACGGGCUACCACCCCACCAUCCAGUACCUGUGA